CCCCGGGUGGGGAAAGAGGCAUGGUACAGAAACUUGACCAAAAACUUCCAGUCGCCAAUGAGUACUUACUGCUUUCCGGAGGGGUCCGAGAAGGAGUGGUGGAUCUUGAUCUCGAUGAACUGAACAUCUACGCUCGUGGCACUGACUAUGACAUGGACUUUACCCUCCUUGUGCCCGCACUGAAGCUCCAUGACCGGAACCAGCCUGUCACCCUGGACAUGCGCCACUCCGCCUUGUGUCACUCCUGGCUGAGCCUGCGGCUCUUUGAUGAAGGGACCAUCAGCAAGUGGAAGGACUGCUGCACCAUCGUGGACCAUCUCAACGGGGCUACCAACUACUUCUUCUCCCCCACCCGGGUGGCUGACUGGUUCCAUGAUUCCAUCAGCAUCGUCCUCUCGGAGAUUCAGAAGAAGCCCCAGCGGGGGAUGCCCAAAGUGGAGAAGGUGGAGAAGAACGGCACCCUCAUCUCCAUCAUCCUGGGGGUUGGCAGCAGCCGCAUGCUGUAUGACAUCGUGCCCGUGGUGUCCUUCAAAGGCUGGCCAGCCGUGGCCCAGAGCUGGCUGAUGGAGAACCACUUCUGGGACGGGAAGAUCACCGAGGAGGAAGUCAUCAGCGGCUUCUACCUCGUCCCUGCUUGCUCAUACAAAGGCAGGAAGGACAAUGAGUGGCGACUGUCCUUUGCGCGGAGCGAGGUGCAGCUGAAGAAGUGCAUUUCCAGCAGCCUCAUGCAAGCCUACCAGGCCUGCAAGGCCAUCAUCAUCAAGCUGCUCUCGCGCCCCAAGGCCAUCAGCCCCUACCACCUGCGCAGCAUGAUGCUCUGGGCCUGCGACCGACUGCCCGCCAGCUACCUGCUGCAGGAAGAUUACGCCGCCCACUUCCUCCUGGGCCUGAUCGACGACCUGCAGCACUGCCUGGUGAACAAGACGUGCCCCAACUACUUCAUCCCCCAAUGCAACAUGCUGGAGCAUCUCUCGGAGGAGACGGCCAUGCUCCACGCACGGAAGCUCUCCUCGGUGCGCUCCGAUCCCGCUGAACACCUCCAGAUGGCCAUCGAGCACGUCAAGGCUGCCAACCGGCUGACGCUGGAGCUCCAACGGAGGGGCAGUGCCACCAGCAUCCCUUCCCCCCAGUCGGAUGGAGGGGACCCCAACCAGCCUGACGACCGGCUCGCCAAAAAGCUGCAGCAGCUGGUGACUGAGAACCCGGGCAAGUCCAUUUCUGUCUUCAUUAAUCCAGACGAUGUCACACGGCCCCACUUCAGAAUCGACGACAAAUUCUUCUGAGACCCCGGCGACGGGCUCCUGCCCCACCUCAGACUUUGGGAAUCCUCUCGCUCACGCUCUCUCCAUCUGGGUCUGUUUCCUUUGUGAACAUAUCCAGCCUGGAACGGGCCUGCAGGUGGGGCUCUUGGGCUCGAUUUGCUGCUAUUCCUGUCUGGUUCAGAGGCCUUUUACGUUUUCCCGGACCAACUCGAACUGGGUGCAGUUCCUGGCUGCCUCCUUUGGCAAAAAUUCCUUUCUACCUUCAGCACAUCCACUUCUCUGAUGGGGUGGGCUGUCUCCCCCCCCCGACAUCCUCUUGGUAUGACGAGCUUUCCUGCCCCCAACUUCCCGUGCUUUCAGAGGGUGACUGUGAGAAACACCCAGUGGAAAGUUUGGCCGGCCGCCUGCUGCUCGCUUGGCUCGUUCGUCCCUUUGCUCUCCCAGAAAGACCAAAAUGACAUGCUAAGUGAUGACCCUGCAGACUUCUCCAAGUUGAGGGCGUUUUCCUCCCUCGAUCACCUUUUCUUGAAUGUAAUUGUUCAGAGUCCGAGCUGGAACAGAACAAAGGAUACGCUUUCUGCCAGUGGCUCCUGCAGCAUAAGAUCCAGGGACGUCAGGUCUUCGCUGUGUCCUCACUCAAAGCCUUAUUUCAAAGCGAUUAAAGGACAUCCGGACGGUCAAUGCG